GCCUUCGAGAAGCCACCUCCAGGCUAUCGAAAGAUCGUGCUCUCCACCAACAUUGCAGAAGCGUCUGUGACCAUCGACGACGUCGUUUACGUCAUCGACACCGGUGUGCGAAAAGAGCGCACUUACGACGCAGGCACAGGCAUUUCAGCCCUGGAUGCCAAAAUGGUGACGAAGGCGAACGCCAUCCAAAGGCGAGGCCGCGCUGGCCGAUGCCAGGAAGGCUUGGUCGUUCAUCUGUUCCCGAGCUACAAGUUCGGCGAGUUCGACCAGUUUCCACUUCCUCAGAUGCUGUCGUCCUCGAUGGAGGAAGUCGUGCUGCAGUCGAAGGUCAUCCACGGCGGAUCGAACACCGAGAUUUCUUCGAUGCUCACAAACUCCAUGGCUGCACCGCAACCACAGGCCGUACAGGCAGCUGUCAAGCUACUGAAGGAUAUGAACUGCCUCACCCGAGCCGGCGAGCUGACUGUUCUAGGUCGUGCGGUGGCCACUAUUCCGGUGCAGCCGAACGUGGCAAAGUUCCUGCUCAUCGCCGCAGCCUUCCGCUGCAUUAAGCCAGCAGCCUGCAUUGCUGCCUUCCUCUCAAUCAAGAGCCCCUUUCAGCAAUCUGUCAACGAAAGCCAGGACAAGGGCAAGGCCUCUGCAUUGCAUGGCAUCGACCUCCAAGACAUAGUGCCCGAAGAGCUUGAACGUCUUGGCCUAGAGGGCCAAGAUCUCCGCGAGAUUCAGGUGCAAGACAUGAGAUCGAAGACUGAGAACAAGUACCUGGCCCAAUUCCUGGAAGGGUGCUGGAGACUUGCCCACGUUCAUCAGCAAUUGACGCCACAGCGUCUUUCUCCAAGCCUUUGUGCUGGCAGCCCCGGCAGGAAAGCAGGCCCUGCUCGAGUCGUGCGGCCCCUACUUGGACCUGGCGAUGUUGGCAUCGUGGUCAUGACGGCCAAGCAGCUCCUCAGUACGCGCUGCCGGUGGGUGAACAGCACUUGGGCUCAGCGCUUUCCCCACCUGUUCUUCGCCAGCAGUCAUUCCACUAACCAGCAGGACGUGGAGGGGGGCCGGGUACGCCUCUGGCCUUUACGGGCGCCCGAAGACUUCCUCAAGCGAUUUGCGGAAGACAGCUACCAUAGCCAUGUCUACAAGGGCCAUCUGGGACUCGCCCGGCUCUAUGCAGUGCUCCCAGAUCUGCCCUGGUACUGCCUCGCCGGCGACGACGUUUACAUUUUCGAGCCGUGGCUGCUCGAAGCCCUGCGCGAGGCCACAUCUAGACCCGGGGAGGAGGCUGUUUGCGCUGGAUUUGUGGAGAAGGUGCCCUUUCGUCAUAGCAAAGAAACCUUCAAGUGGAUGUCUAUACAGUGCCUACAGCAGUUUGGCAUCGAUGAAUGGGGUGCCAACUGUGUGAAAAUGGCUUACGACCUUCUUCGACCCUAUGCCGCUCUUGACAUCCCUUAUGGUGCAGCCAUCUUUUGUAGCAAUGCCGCGAUGGCGAAGCUCGCUCCUUUCUUGUCCAGCAGACUGGUAAGUGAUUACAUGGACGAGUGGGAAGCUCAAAGUGAGCCCAUUGAGGGCACUCAGGGGGUGUAUGUCGAUGAGCUCUUCAGACCGUAUCUACCGGUUUCUGACAUACUGCUGGGACUUUGUAUGUCCGAACAAGGCAUAAAGCUCUACAACCUUGAUGACGGGGGUUUUUGGGGUGGCGACUACCUUCCAGGAGCACAGGCUCUUGAGGAGAACGGGACCAACUCUAGCUGGCUACCAAAGGAGCUGCAUCGCGCCAAGAGGCCAGCUCUCUGGCAUCGGGUGAACCAGGAAAGCCAGUUCCAGAUGCUGGAGUACUGGUACGCGCUGAUUCGGAUGGUGCAGCAAUUCGUGUCCUUCAUGGUGGAUGCCGGCUACGAUGGCGAGGACGUCACGGGUGAAGGCGACCUUGGGGAAGUCGAUCCUGUCAAGAAGGGCUCCGAUGUGGAUGCACUCCUGAAAGCCGCCAUGGUUGCCGGCUUUGCCCCCAAUGUCUGCGUCCUCUAUCGGGGUAAUCGCUCACCGUACUGGUACCUCGAUAGCAACGAGGAGGUGUCCCCCUUCCGUGGGUCCGCAAACGCUGACUACCAAAUGUCUGGCGCGGACGGAGAAGAGUGGAUGGUCUUCAGCGAUUCCAUGAAGAUGGGUAGAUUCAACUCCAUCAUGGACUCGUCGCUCGUCUUCUCACCUUUCGUUCUCCUUUUUGCGAAUGCGCUGAUGGUGGACGAGAAGAAGGGCGAGAUCCGCUUCGACAAGUGGUACGCCUACAUCCAGCAAGGACCCUGGAUCAAGGAGCUCCUGUACCUUAGAAGCCAGGUGAUGCCACAGUUCAAGGACGCCAUGGAGGCCCGAAACAUCUCUGAGUUCCCGAGGGAGCUCGUGGCCCGGAUGACGGACUUCCUCAGGCCUGGGGCCAUGUCAGCAGAGAUGCUGGGAUUUUUACUCUUCGUCUACCAUAGUCUUGGUUUUCGUUUGUUGGGGCUCCCGUGUUCUUAA